AUGGCAAGGAGGUCACGUGCACGUCAUCUGCUCACGACACAGUCUUGGAUACCGGCCUGCACUCCAGAGCAGGAUGUGCUACGCUACGAGGAACAUCUACUCAGCAGUUGCUCAACAUACUCGACGGAAGCCUCUUUCUUGGAUGCCAGAAAGUCCCUAGAAUGCGUUCUGUUGCUAAUAAUUCAUCACGCGUCACGCACAUUCGCGGGCUUCAAUGCUCUUGCCCAGGCUGAUCUGGCUAUCCGCAGGGUCGUAUGGGCAGGUGUAAUAGGUGUUAUGGGCGCAUGGGCCAACGAUAGCCCGUUCAGCUAG